AUGCCCCGACUUGCGUCGCUUAAUAUAAGCGAUUUAGGGAUGAACAAAGAUGAUGAGCACUUUGCCGAUGGUGUGGCGUGUGUCCAAGCGUAUUGGGCAUUUUCCCUUGACAUGAGCCCGAAAGACCGCGAAACGUUGCGCAGGAUCAUCGUUGAUGGGGAAUAUAAACACACCUUUUCAUCUAGGAGGCAGCCGUCGAGCCACCGCCUGUACAGAAGCAAGCUCGGCGUUUCGGUAGGAGGAUGGGUUAUCAUGCGGACGCUA